AUGUCUGGGAUGGGGGAGCUCGAGUAUGAGCAAGAGAAGUUUGAGCGGAGCAAUGGUUCUAUCCUGUGUCGCAAGCAACUACUGCUCUCGAGAGGAAAAUUGCCAUUGAUCCACAUAUCAUCCGGCGUUCAAUUACCGUCCGGCGUUUUGAGAGAGGCCCAAGUGGCUGAAUCAAGACCUACUUUAAGCCAGAUGCCGAGAGCUGCUUCAGGCGCCGAUAACGAUAGUAUUAGCCGGCAGCAUGUCUCGAAACAGCAACGAGAUGCUGCCAUGGCCGCACUUCCAAAGGUGGGAGUCGACAACCGAAGUACUGGCAAGGCCAAUAUGUAA